AUGACUGUAUCUCCAGGUGGAGAGCAACCCCGCGACAAGGCUACCGAGUCCACGCCUUUGCUGAAGGAUGAAUCCUCCCGUGGCCUCCAAUACUCUAGCAAGGCUGGUGAUUUGACAGAUGCUGCCGAAGCCUCGAGUUCGUCAUCAACUACACAGAUCUCGGACGAAGAAGACGCUGCCCUUCUUGGCUUAUCUCGGGUCAGCUCGAUCCCCCACGCACCGGAGGUAGAAACGGGGUUGGAAAGAGUUCUCUCCUCCACAACAACAAACAACGGCCUAAAAGAUUCAGAAUCUGGAGGUGUACGAAACGAAGCCACUGGCUAUGCCGCCCGCUUUAUCAAUGUCUCGCCCACGAGGUUCUGGCUGAUCUUCGGUGGUGUGCAACUCGGAUACGUGAUCGGGUUCUUUGACGCAACCUUGAUGGCGUCGAGUCAUCCCGUCAUCACCUCGUACUUCCAUGCCUCCAACUCUGCCUCAUGGCUUUCAACCGCUUUUCUGUUGACCUCGACAGCUUUUCUCCCGCUCUUUGGUCGUGUCUCUGACACCUUUGGCCGGAAGCCUGUGUAUCUAUUCUCAAUUGCCGUCUUUUUCCUCACCACAUUGUGGUGUGCCGAAGCGCAAAGCAUAGGAAGUUUUAUUGCUGCCCGUGCUGUCUGCGGGCUUGGUGCUGGGGGUGUCUUCUCCAUGGGCAUGAUUUUAUCCAGUGAUCUAGUCCGCCUCGAGUAUCGCGGCAUCUACCAAUCCUACAUCAACCUUUGCUUGGGAGUAGGUGGCUGUCUCGGUCUUGCAUUUGGUGGAUAUCUAUGUGACCAAGUGGGCUGGAGAGGUGCGUUCCUCGUGCAGCUGCCAUUCAUCUUCGUUUACUUCUUAGUUGCUGUCUGGACAACACCAGCCGAUCUUGGCUUGAAGAGCCGGGCAUCGGAGAAAAUGACUUUUUCGCAGCUUCUCCUGAGUAUCGAUCUUGUAGGGUCCGCAUUGUUGGUUCUCGUUGUCACCACAUUAAUAAUGGGCCUCAACCUCGGGGGUAACGUGUAUAGCUGGACUCACCCUCUCGUUAUUUCCUCACUAGUUCUAUCUGUCGUUUUGGCGGCGAUCUUUGUUCCGUACGAAAGACGAGUAGAACGACCUGUGAUGCCUAUUUCAUUCUUAACGAAGAACCCUCGCGCUGUUCUCGUUUUUGGAAACUUCUUCGGGUCCAUCUCAGUCAACACUAUGAUCUUCAACGCGCCAUUAUAUUUCCAGGCCGUCAAGCUUGCUUCCCCGACCGACUCUGGCCUUAGACUGCUUGCAUCUACAUUGGCUGUAACUAGUUCUAGCGUUGCUACUGGCUUCAUCAUUACCUGGUCGAAGCGGCUUAAGCCUACCGUUAUAAUUGGGGACGUUUUCCUGCUCCUCGGAGGUUUGGCGGCGACGACAAUGGGAGCCAGCACCCCGGACAUGAUUGCUAUGAUUUGCGUUUCACUCGCAACUCUCGGUCAAGGUUUUGCCUUCCCCUCCCUGAUGGUGUCUGUGCUUGCGACUAGUGAAACAGAUGAGCAGGCUGUGGCAACGACAACGCUGGGGCUCUUCAGGAAUCUAGGGUCCGUCAUGGGAGUCGCAACCAGUAGCUGGAUUUUCCAGAAUACCCUUGUCUAUCAACUUGACGCAAAGGUCACAGGGCCUGAUAGGGAGACCGUCAUUCAGCUUGUCCGAAAAUCCGUCCAAGCCAUCGCGAAGCUGGACCCUCUCCAUCAAAGCCAAGUGAUUGAGUCAUAUGCGGCAGCUCUCCGUUUGACAUUUGCUUCGGCAGCUGUAUUCGCAGCCCUUAUGCUCAUGAUGCAUGUUGGAGUUCGACUUCCUCGCCUUGGGCGCAAGGCUUGA